AUGGCAAGUGAAAAUAGUAACAAUUCAACUAAAGACUUCAUUGUCAUUUGGUUAGAUCGUGGUGUUGGAUGCAAUAAAAGUAAUCAAAGGCUGAAAACAGAUCUACGCGGUUUGAUUAGACGUCGUUUACUAACAUUUGAUGAUCCAGAUAAAUGCAUCGACCAUAUAACUGGUGCAUUCAUAACAAAACAAGUAUUUCUUAUUACUUCUAAUACAUUUGGUGAACACAUAGUACCACUUAUAUAUGAAUUAUCAAAUAUACAAACCAUAUAUAUCUACUGUGGUGAUAAAAAGAAAGCUGAAGCGUGGACUAAGUCAUAUAAGAAAAUUUCUGGUAUAUUUACAAAAAGUCAUGAAUUGUUAGAUAAAAUUCGUAAUGAUGUUGGUGUAUGUAACGAUGAUGAAGAUUUAUCAAUGAGUAUAUUUCACAUUAUCGAACGAGAAAAGUCGCUACAAAAGUUAUCUAGAGAAAGUGCAACGUUUGUGUGGUAUAGGCUGAUAUUAAUAGUUCUCCGAUUAAUGGCUAGAUAUGGUGAUUCAAAAAGUGAAAUGAUUGCUGAAUGUCGAACACAUUAUCACAAUAAUAUUGCUGUGCAAAAGCAAAUCGAUGACUUUGAAAGAGAUUAUUGUCCGACAGACGCUAUGCAAUGGUAUACACUCGACAGUUUUGUAUAUCGAUUAUUAAACAGAGCUUUGCGUACAGAAGAUAUCGAUAGCAUUUUUAAAUUUCGAUUUUUUAUCUAUGAUCUUCAUAAUCAAAUUGAAGAACUUUACAGUAAAUAUUUAGGCAGACUAUCUUCCAGUACCAGUCAUAAGUUAAGGGUUUAUCGUGGUCAAAGUUUGACUUUGGCAGAACUUGAUUUACUUCGAAAGAAUGUUAGUGAACUUAUAUCAAUGAAUAGCUUUUUAAGCACUACAUUCAAUGAAGAAUUAGCUAAAACAUAUGCUGGUUCAAAUAAUGACUCAGAUGAUCCAUCAUCAUUUCAAUCUGUUCUUUUCAUAAUGGAUAUUUAUAAUAUGAGUAAAGAAACAAUACCAUUUGCUAUUCUGAAAGAUUCGUUGUGUUGUCAAAACGAUGGAGAAGAUGAAGUCCUUUUUUCGAUAGGUGCUAUCUUUAAAAUUCAAUCAGUUGAACAACAAAAUGACAUGUGGCAUGUCCAUUUAGAAUUAAGCAAAGAACAAAACGAACUUAGUCAAAAUCUUUUGGAUCACAUGUUGAAACAAAUUGGAUCAGGAAUAGAUCUACUGUCAUUUGGUUGGUUUCUUUUUCGAAUGGGUGAAUAUGAAAAGGCCGAACAUUAUAUACAAUUAAUGCUUAAACAACUUCCAUCGACUGAUAAAGGAAUUGGAAAUGCUUAUAAUUUACUUGGUCUAAUCUAUGCAGAUAAUAAUAAACUAGAACAAUCUGUCCAAUUCUAUGAGAAAGCUCUUGAUGUUUACUCUAAAUUGAAGUGUCAGAAUAGUUCUCAAGUGAUUGCUAUUCAUUGUAAUCUUGGUUUAGCUCAUUUAGCUUCAGACGACAUUCGUAGUGCAGAACUACAACUAGACGAAGCCGAAAAUAUUUUAUCCAAUAUGGCACAACCAAAAGAUCCAUUACUAGUAAAUACUGUAGAAAGUUUUAAAGCUAAAAUUGAAACGGCAUAUGGUAGUGGCGCCAAUGCUUUGACAAGUCUUGAAUUAGUAUUAGCAGAUAAAAUCAAGCGUCUACCACCAAAUCAUCCUUCAAUAGCUUCAACAUGGAAUACAAUGGGUCGUGUGAACGAAAACAUGUACAAUAAUGUAAAUGCACUUAAAUGUUUUCAACAAGCAUUAGAUAUCGGAAAGAAAGGUUUACCAAGCGAUAAUAAGGACUUAGCUGAAUAUUAUACAAAUGUUGCCCGUAUUUUUGAGAAAGAGCGCAACUAUAAACUUGCUUUGCAACACUACGAAUCAGCAUUGGAAAUUAUGGAGAAUUAUCGGGAGGAAGAACAUGAAAAGAUUAUGGCACUAAAUACAAACAUUAUCGAAGUGAAAAAGAAAAUGCGGUAG